AUACUAAUGUAGUACUUUACCCAAAAAGGAUCGAAAGAACACUGCGGUGAGCUGAACUCGAUUAGAAUUUGGACCAAACUGGGGAAAGCAAUUUAGUCAAAGAGCAGAGAGUGAGGUGAUCAGAUUGCGUGGAUCCGAUGAUGGACUCCAAUACCAGAAGCAUCCCACGCCUCCCAAUCCUCCUCCUUCUUCUUCUACUCUCCAUAGCAAUCACCACUCAAUCAUCAUCGUCAUCAGAAUCAGAAAGCAUCAUAUCGCGCUUCCAGCAAUACCUCCGAAUCAACACGGCCCACCCCAUCCCUAACUACCACGAAGCAGCCAACUUCUUGAAAUCGCAGGCCGACUCCCUUUCCCUCCAAUCCCAAACCAUCGAGUUAGUCAACGCCAAGCCCAUCGUCCUUAUCAAGUGGCCCGGCUCCCAGCCCGACCUCCCCUCCAUCCUUCUCUACUCCCACACCGAUGUCGUCCCCGCCGAGCAUGACAAGUGGGCCCACCAUCCCUUCGGGGCCCACAUCGAGCCCGAUAACGGCCGCAUCUACGCCAGAGGCUCCCAGGACAUGAAGUGCGUCGGUAUGCAAUACCUCGAAGCCGUCCGCCGCCUCAAGAACUCAGGCUUCCAACCCCUUCGCUCCGUUUACCUCGCUUUCGCCCCCGACGAGGAGAUUGGCGGCCACGACGGCGCCGAGAAGUUCUCCCAGUCCGAGAUUUUCGACCAGCUCAACGUUGGCGUCGUGCUUGAUGAAGGGUUGGCGUCGCCGGAUGAGAAGUACAGGGCGUUUUAUGCUGAGAGGUGCCCGUGGUGGUUGAUAAUUAAGGCUGUUGGGGCGCCCGGACAUGGAGCCAAGCUCUAUGACAACUCUGCUAUGGAGAAUCUCUUGAAGAGUAUUGAGAACAUCAGAAGGUUCCGAGCCUCGCAGUUCGACCUGGUCAAGGCUGGAUUGAAGGCCGAAGGGGAUGUUGUUUCUGUUAAUAUGGUCUUUCUUAAAGCUGGAACUCCUUCCCCGACGGGAUUUGUCAUGAAUCUGCAGCCAUCCGAAGCAGAGGCUGGAUUUGAUAUUAGGGUGCCACCAACUGCUGAUCCAGAAUCACUGGAGAGACGUAUUGCUGAAGAAUGGGCACCUGCAUCGCGAAACAUGUCAUUCAGUCUUGGACAGUUCAAACAGAAGGUAUCUGUGCAUGAUAAGUUUGGAAAACCAGUUCUCACAAAAACUGACAAUUCCAAUCCAUGGUGGACUCUGUUAGAGAAUGCCAUCGAAAAGGCUGGGGGAAAACUUGGUAAGCCAGAGGUCUUUCCUGCCUCCACCGAUGCGCGCUACUUCCGUGACCGUGGAUUGCCGGCAAUUGGGUUCUCACCUAUGGCAAACACCCCUAUUCUACUCCAUGAUCACAAUGAGUUUUUAAGCAAAGAUGAAUACUUGAAAGGAAUAGAGAUCUAUGAGUUGAUAAUAAAGGCGUAUGCAUCCUUCGAAGGUAAUGGAAGUGAUGGAGGUUCCAGAGAUGAGUUAUGAGCAACUCAUGUCAUGUGGCACUUUCCACUCUCCACGACCACUGUCUUUCUGCCUUCUCUGUCGUGUAAUAUUAAGUUUAUUGAGUAAUAUCGGUCUGAGAUAAUGACAUGAUAGCCAAAUGACUCUGCUAAUAUUUUCAAUGAUUUGCCCCAAGCAUCCUUGGACCUUGGAGAAGACUGUUCCAUACAGUUACAUGUUCUGAGGCUUUCCAGCUCAAGUGUUACUUUGUGCUCAAAACUCAAAAGGGCGUUUUCAACUCUGAUAUUUAUCAUCACAAGGGCUAUUGUCUAGAUAUAGUAUAUGCUCAAAAUGUUAUUUCAGCGUUCUGUCUCUUUAUUGGGUUCCCUGUGAUUAUAUUUUCGGUUUAU